ACCAUGGCCCAGUCGCCUCAGGCCAUGCAGAUGACCAUGACAGCGCAGUCUGUCGGCCAAGCCCCUCAGACCUCCACACAGCAGCAGCAGCAGCCCUCUCACUCCUCUCACCAGCAUCAAAUAACAGUACAACUGCCCCAGCCAACAGCGCAGCAGCAUGCUGCUCAGUCGAGUGCUGCCCCCACAUCAGCGGACGCGUGCCUGAGCAUCGUGCAGUCCCUCCUGCUGCACCGCAAGGGCGGCGAGCCUGACGACUUUGCCAAGCGCGCCAUCGAGAGCCUCGUCAAGAAGCUCAAGGAGAAGCGCGACGAGCUUGACUCUCUGAUCACCGCAAUCACCACCGCAGGAUCUCACCCGAGCAAGUGCGUGACAAUCCAGCGCACCCUUGACGGAAGAUUGCAGGUGAGUGUCUGUGUCAACCCAUACCACUACGAGCGUGUCGUGGCCUCUGGUAUAGACCUAACCGGCCUGAGUCUCCAGACGGCUGGCACCAGCAACAUCCCCCCCACCGUCACCUACCAUCACCAGCACCCCCAGCAGCACCCCCAGCAACGUCCCCAGCAGCAGCAGCCUCAGCAGCAAGCAGCCAACAGCAGCGCUGUUACCUACCACCACCAACAGCAACAGAAGCAACAGCAAAUUGUCAAACAGGAAGCUGGGACCCAGGACAUGGAAUGCGAUGCCCCUCCUCCCUCCUGCUCCGCCCCCCUUCCGGAGAGCACCUCUCACCUCCCCCAGCCCCCCAGCUGUCGAGAGGGUACCACCUCUAUACUACCGAGCACCACCCCUUCUGGGGGCGCCGCACCCCAAAGCCCCCAACAGCUUGCCAUGCAACAUAAAAACAAACAACAACAACAGUUACAACAACCACCAUCUCCUCACCACGUCCUACAACAACACCUACAACAACAACAACAACAACAACAACUCCAGCAACAGCAUUCCCCGCCCAUGAACAUGUUGAUGGUUUCCAUGGCUGAGGUGCUGAGCGGCAGCGGUGGUGACGUCAGUCUGCAGUCCUGCAGCUCCAACGCCUCCCCUGGUCUGCUGCAGUCUGCUGCCUACCCUGCCGCCCCCACUGGUCAGUCUGCACACCUGUACAUGACCAGUCAGUCUGCACACCUGUACAUGACCAGCAUGGAUAUUCUGGACCCCAACCCCCAGCAGCAGGGCUCCAUCCUCCCCCAGAACCCCGCUGGGUUCCUGGACACUUCCCUGCUCCCCCACCAACAGCUGCACAACCCCAUGGGGCUACCUCAACCCCACAAGGAUGUUCUGGGGCUGCAAGAACAAAACAGCGCGGGGAUUUGUUCCCCCACAGCCAUGGGGAUGAACAUUAUGAUGAACUCCCCCACCCACAUGGGGUUCGGUGGGGGUGAUAACACCUCCACCUUAACCACCAACAACUUGUGCUUAAUAAACAACAAUAAUAACAAUGCUAACAAUGUACAAACUAAUAACAAUAAUCACAUAGAUACUCCACAUCUCCUCCUCCAACAACAACAACAACAUGUGUUAUUACCAUCAAGUGAAUUAUCAAACCACGCAACCACCACAACCUUAACAACCAGUUUGCCUGGUCACGCUCU